AUGGAUCGCGACCAGAUCCUCAACCCCUGCGACGUCGACAGCCUCAUCGCCGACGGCCAGGUCAUUGUCAUCUACGAAGAUGCCGUCCUCCGACUCGACGGAUGGAUGGACAGACACCCCGGCGGCCGUCUCGCCGUCCUCCACAUGGUCGGCCGAGACGCGACGGACGAGAUGAAGUCGUACCACUCCAAGCAGACGUUGAAAACCAUGAAGGCCUAUCGGAUCGGCCGGAAGCAGGGGACUUGGGUCAACCGCACACCACCAAUUAGAGGAGGCGUCUUCGUCAAGGCGAAUCCCAUUGUCGACAGCUCGUCCAGUUCAGAAACCGAGGAAGACAGUGCCGACGAUGGCGUCUCGCAGAUCUCGUCACUCUGCAGCUGCGGCAUCUCCCACAAGGAUGCCAAAGAGGGCCUCCGUCACCGCGGCCCCUGUCCCACACAGUCUCAAGGCCCCAACCAGAAGCCUUCCGCCCACACUCAAGUUGCCAAUGCGGCCCUCGAACGAGAGAUCCAGAAUGACCUGACCAUCUACCCCUCCCUGGAUCCCCUGGUCCAGAAGGAGAUCGCCCGCAAGUACCAGAUCUUGCAUCAGCAGAUUACCGAUGCUGGUCUGUACGACUGCCCCUACCUCGACUACGGCAAGGAAAUGAUCCGAUACACCCUGCUCUUCACCACCUUUAUCGUCCUCCUCAGCUACGGCUGGUAUUUGACCUCUGCCAUCUUCCUGGGAUUGUUCUGGCAUCAACUCAUGUUUACCGCCCACGAUGGUGGACAUCUCGCCAUCACCGCCAACUUUGUUGUCGACACUCUCAUUGCCAUGUUCGUCGCCGACUUUUGCUGCGGUCUCUCCAUCGGAUGGUGGAAGAGCAGUCACAACGUCCACCACCUUGUCACCAACUAUCCCGAACACGACCCCGAUAUUCAGAACGUCCCCAUCUUCGCCACUUCCCCCGCCUUCUUCAAGUCGAUCCAUUCCAGCUACUACGACUUCACCUUCAUUUGGGACGCCGCCGCCGACUUCCUCGUCCCCUACCAAAAGUAUACCUACUACCCCAUCAUGGGAGUCGCUCGCUUCAACCUCUAUCUCCUUUCUUGGCUUCACGUCAUCUCCAACCGGUCGUCCGGUCUCAGCUUCUCCAAGGCCUGGUGGAUCCGUCCCACUGAGAUUGUCUUUAUGUGUUGCUACUGGUUCCUCUUCGGCUACUGCCUUCUCUGGAAGACCCUCCCCGACUGGCCCACCCGCAUCGGCUUUGUGCUGGUUUCGCACGUUGUCACCAUGCCUCUUCACGUUCAAAUCACCCUCUCCCACUGGGGAACCUCCCACGCCGACCUGGGCGAGACCGAGUCCUUCCCUCAGCGCCAGCUCCGUACCACCAUGGACGUCGACUGCCCCGCCUGGCUCGACUUUAUCCACGGUGGUCUCCAGUUCCAGGCCGUCCACCACCUGUUCCCUCGACUUCCCCGCCACAACCUCCGUAAGGCCCAGGUCUUCACCAAGGAGUUUUGCCGCGAAACCGGAGUUCCCUACUCGAUCCUCACCUUUGUCAAGGGCAACCAAAAGGUCCUGGGCCGGCUCCACGACAUUGGUGAACAAGUCCAGGUUUUGGUCGACUGCCAAAAGCACAUGGCCAAGACUGGAGAGAGCGGCUUGGCAUAG